CGGGACGAUGCUGUUCUCCCUGCGGGAGCUGGUGCAGUGGUUGGGCUUCGCCACCUUCGAGAUCUUCCUGCACGGCCUGGCGCUGCUGGCCUUCUCCGUGCUCCUCGUCCUGAAGGUGGACGGCGAGGCCUCGGCGCUCUCCUGGUGGGUCGUCUUCGUCCCCUUCUUCGCCGCCGACGGCCUCAGCACCUACUUCACCACCAUCGUCUCGGUGCGGCUCUUCCAGGACGGGGAGAAGCGCCUGGCCGUGCUGCGGCUCUUCUGGAUCCUCACCAUCCUCAGCCUCAAGUUUGUCUUCGAGAUGCUGCUGUGCCAGAAGCUGGUGGAGCACACCCGGGAGCUCUGGUACGGGCUCAUCAUGUCGCCCGUCUUCAUCCUCCUCCAGCUGCUCAUGAUCCGAGCCUGCCGGGUGAACUGAUCGCUGCCGGGGCCGCGCCUGGCUCCCCGGGCAGCCCUGGACUCGCGGUGACGGCCACCGGGCUCUUCCCACUUUUCUUUCUGUACGGAGUGGUGGGUGGCAGGUCACACAGGAUUGGCACUCUCGGAGUAGGGGUCUGUAAUUAAGCGCGCUGCUGGGUUGUAUAGCAUCAUGUUUCUUCGAAAGAGCCUUUUGUGCUGCAUCUUCAUUUCAGUUCACUCAGCUCUUGCUGUUAGUCUUAAAGUAUCCUGCCGUGCAAGCACUGUUUGAUAUGCCAGUUAUUUUAUUUUAAAAUAAAAACGCAUGGGAGGAUUA